AUGCCCUUCUCUCACCAUAGCCAUUCGGGGCAAUUUUGCUCACACGCAAAAUGUACAUUGGAAGAGAUGAUCCAGACUGCGAUUGCGCGGAAAAUGCGUGUCUUCGCUCUGACAGAGCAUAUGCCCAGAGACCAUGCAGAUUUGUACCCUGAGGAGACCGAAGCUGGAGAGACAGAACAAUACCUAGUCAAUAAAUUUGAUGCAUACUACGCAGAAGCUCUACGACUGCGGCAGGUUUACGGAUCCCAGAUUGAACUGCUCAUUGGCUUCGAGACAGACUGGAUCAGGCCCUCAUCGCGGACCAUGAUUGAGAAAUUACUUGAAAAGUUUCAGUUCGACAUGUUCAUGGGCUCAGUACAUCACGUGCACACUAUUCCCAUUGAUCUUGACGAUCAAACAUACCAGGCCGCACGUGAUAAAUCAGGUGGCACUGAUGAGAAGUUGUUUGAAGAUUAUUUUGACGAUCAAUUCGAAAUGCUUAAAGCGACUCGGCCCCCGCUUGUAGGACACUUCGACCUGAUCCGCCUUAAGAGCGAUGAUCCAGACCGCACGUUUCAGCAGUUCAAAGGAGUAUGGCGCAAGGUUCUUCGAAACUUGGACUUUAUAGCCGAAUACGGAGGAAUCCUUGAGAUCAACUCUGCUAGUUUACGAAAAGGAAUGCAAGAACCUUAUCCGAAGCAGGAAAUCUGUCAGGCAUUCCUUGAGCGUGAGGGCCGCUUUGCGCUAUCAGACGACAGUCACUCGGUGGAGCAAAUUGGCUUAAAUUAUCACCUCGUGUUACCGUUUCUCGAAGGGGCCGGCAUCAAGACGAUUCAUUAUCUGUCCCGUCGCAGCGCAAACUCGGUGUCGAAGCAUGAGGCUUCUGCGUCGGUCUCCGAGCUUUCGACUGAGGAUCUUAAAACAUUACCUUUUUGGAAUUAG